GGUAAGUGAAUGAAUGAAUGAGUAAAUAAAUGAAUGGGUGGAUGGAUGGAUAAAGUGAAUGAAUGAAUGAAGCUGGAAGUCUCCUGGAGCAGCCGCUGUGCUUGGAAUCCCUCAGAACCUGCUGAAUCUGGGGGUGACCAAGCAUGUGCGGCUGGACCCCCCCUGCAUCAACACCACCGGCCUCACCCGCUACCUCAAUGACCCCCAAGUCCGCCGAGCGCUGCACAUUCAGGACGAUGCCCCCGCGUGGGAGAUCUGCAGCUUUAACGUCAGCCGUGGCUACAAGCGUCUCUACUCCAAGAUGAACGACCAGUACCUGAAGCUGCUCAGCACUGGGAAAUACCGUGUCCUGCUCUACAACGGGGACGUCGACAUGGCCUGCAACUUCCUGGGGGACGAAUGGUUCGUGGAGUCCCUGCAGCAGAAGGUGGAGGUGGCCCGGAGAGCCUGGAUCUUCACGGAUGAGGACGGCCAGGAUCAGAUCGGGGGCUUCGUGAAGGAGUUCGCCAACAUUGCCUUCCUCACCGUCAAGGGUGCCGGCCACAUGGUGCCCACUGACCAGGCACGGGCGGCCUUCCACAUGAUACAGCGGUUCCUCACCCGGCAGCCCUUCUGAGCCCAGGAACAGCACUUUCCUGGGGAGACCGGCCCCCUCCCGCUGCGGCGCUCCUGACCGGCCUUUGGUAGACGCCUGGAGGGUCUCGGGCCCUGGGUGGGUCCUCUGGCAGGGCCCGGUCUCCCCUCCACCCUUCUCUGCACAUUUGCACUGUCCUCAGGGAGGAAGCAGGUCCUCUCGCUGCCCUCCCCCGGGGGUGGGGGGGGGUGGGGGGCCAUUUCUCAGCCUUGUCCUGGCUGCUCUUGGAGGAGGAAGUGGAGGUCACGAGCAGCCGCCUUCUCCUUUCUGGUCCAAGCAAGCGAUUAAACGGUUAUUUUUCUAAUGGAAAA